UCAGCACGUUGGACGCUCGGCGUCGUUCAGUCAGAAUGCAGCGUCGGUCGCGUGCUACCAACGAUGUCCAUCGACGUCACAUCAUUAGCACCUCGUAGAUGAUCAUGAUGAUGGUGACAUUGAAGAUGCGUUCCGGCACGACAGUCAGUGUUGUCUUCUAGGGGAUGUGCAGAGGGACGAUGGUGUCUUUGCCGCCGACCCAGUCCAAUGGUACCGAUGAAUUGGUCGCGGCUGGGACCUGGCUGGAAGCAAACGCGGACAUACUGGAAAAAUGGUUGCGCGAACACGCGUCUACAGAUCUACGACGUCGCGCUCUAGAAGCUUGUGGCAAACUUUCGGGGGGCGCAACACCAAACACCCCGUCACCCUCUAUCGAUGGUCAGCUCCGUUACUGGUAUUCCUCGGGAGCUUCGUCGAGUAACGACUGCAAUGGAAAAAAUGUCUGUCCGCGUCGUCUGGAGUCGAUGGACGAGUCGGAACUGUUUAUGGAACUCAUUCGAGAUGUCGCGAACGAGUUAAAUAUAGACGUUCUAUGUCACAAAAUUCUAAAGAACGUGUCGAUACUGACCGAUGCCGAUCGGGGGUCCUUGUUCUUGACCAGAGGUUCUUCGGAUGACCGUUAUUUGGUUGCCAAAUUGUUCGACGUACGUAUGGACACGUCCCUUGAAGAAGCUCUGAGGCUCGCGAGGCAGGAAGAAAUCAAAAUUCCUUUCGGUGUUGGUAUCGCUGGAACCGUAGCCAAAACCAAGUCGUUGAUCAACAUCAGGGACGCGUAUAAGGACCCCCGAUUCAACAAUGAAAUCGACCUCAAAACAGGAUACAAGACGAACUUGAUACUGUGUCUGCCGAUAUGCAAUUACGAGGGCGACGUCAUCGGCGUAGCGCAGAUAAUUAACAAAACGAACAAUUCUCAAGAGUUCACGGGCCACGACGUCGAAGUGUUCCAGCGGUACUUAACCUUUUGCGGAAUAGGCAUACAGAACGCGCAACUUUUCGAGGUCUCGGUCCUUGAAUAUAAAAGGAAUCAGAUACUGUUGAAUCUGGCGAGGAGUAUAUUCGAAGAGCAAAACAACCUGGAAUGUCUCGUUACCAAGAUAAUGAGAGAAGCUCAGGAUUUAUUGAAAUGCGAACGCUGCGCAGUCUACCUUUUGGAUUUGGAAUGCUGCGAAGCCAACCAUCUGGAACGAAUCGUCGAACGACCUGGCAAAGCGAUUCAGCGCCACCCGCCGCUGAGUAGGAUGGAAAGCGGAUCUGUAACAGCUCAAGACAUGUACGACAAUCUAAUAAGGAAGCCCAGUCCGUUUACCACCAUUUUCGAACUGCGUGAGGGCGGCAACAAAACUUUGGUUUCGAGGCCAUCGUCCUUUGACCUGGCAAAUUCCACUCUGGCACAAAUUGCGGGCUACGCCGCGUCUACGGGUCAAAUCUUGAACAUUGGAGACGUGGCGGCGUGGCUUAGUAAGAAACACAGCGAAGGGGAUGCCGAAUCGGCUAGAACUAUUUUGUGUAUGCCGAUUUUAAACGGACAAAGAUCGCUGAUAGGUGUUGCUCAGUUAAUCAACAAGGAAAACGGCAGCCCUUUCACGGACGGCGACGUUUCUUUAUUCGAAGCGUUCGCCAUUUUUUGCGGUCUGGGCAUCCACAACACGCAAAUGUACGAGAACGCUUGCAAAUUAAUGGCUAAGCAGAAAGUAGCUCUUGAAUGUUUGUCUUAUCACGCGACCGCCAGCAACGAAGACACAGCACAGUUGCUGAAAGAAGAUAUCCCGUCAGCUGAAACAUUUAACUUGUACAGCUUUACGUUCAUCGAUUUCGAUUUAUCGAACGACGACACGUGCAAGGCAACUAUCCGAAUGUUCCUCGAAUGCAAUCUCGUGCAGCAAUUUCAUAUUCCGUACGAGGUAUUAUGCAGAUGGGUGCUUAGCGUGAAGAAAAACUACCGCCCUGUAAAAUACCACAACUGGAGGCACGCGCUUAACGUAGCCCAAACGAUGUUCGCCAUGUUUAAAACGGGGAAAAUGGAAAGAUUCAUGAGCGAUAUCGAAAUGCUGGGACUGUUGGUUGCGUGCCUCUGCCACGACCUAGAUCACAGGGGUACCAACAACGCGUUCCAGACCAAAACCGAAUCCCCGUUGGCUGUUUUAUAUUCAACUAGUACGAUGGAACACCACCACUUCGACCAAUGCGUCAUGAUACUAAAUACCGACAGUAACAACAUUUUUCAAGCGUUGUCACCGGAAGAUUAUCGAAGGGUGAUGAAGUUAGUGGAGACGGCCAUCUUGUCAACCGAUUUAGCCAUGUAUUUCAAGAAGCGAAACAAGUUCUUAGAAAUCGUCGACAAUGGCGAAUUCGAUUGGCAAAGCGAUGACAAAAAAGAACUACUGUCGGGGAUGAUGAUGACCGCUUGUGAUGUUAGCGCGAUAGCGAAGCCUUGGGAAGUGCAACACAGGAUGGCCAAAUUGGUGGCGGACGAAUUUUUUGAUCAGGGAGAUAUGGAAAAAAUGCAACUCAAGGAACAACCAAUUGCUAUGAUGGACAGGGAGAAGAAAGACGAGCUGCCCCAGAUGCAAGUCGAGUUUAUCGACAAAAUCUGUUUGCCGUUGUACAGGGUGCUGUCGGAGACGUUUCCCUGGGUACAGCCGUUGUAUCAGGGAACGAUGGAGAAUCGCAAACAUUGGCAAGACUUGGCGGAAAAGGUCGAAAUGGGUCUCACGUGGAUCGACCACGAUACGAUCGAUAAGCCCGUCGAAGCGUUCACCGAUCCGGAAGAGACGAAAGACAUCGAGCUCACGGUUCAGACGCUCCACACGGUCGCGACUGCACCAAAAGUUUCGGAAAACAAAAAGCGACACAAAAAGUUAUGCUGCAUGUUGUGACGAUAAUUUAUUAGUAACGUCUAAAAGAAAACGGUUCACGAAUCUCACAGAAGACGAAACAAUAUGCUCAUUUUGUAUUUAAAGACAAAACUUUAUCGAAAAGUCAUGUAGAUAGCGGAAAAUGAAAAAGACAUUUUAUCAUUCGGUACGAAGAAUAGGAUGGUCGGUUGUACACAAAGGUUUUGGCUUUCACGUUAAGGGCCCUUUUGAAUUAAAUAAAUAAAUUCGCAGAUUGUCCAAAAGUUGAUACUUUUGUGCAAUAUUUGACCUCUGUUUUUGUUAUUGGGUACACCUACCUACCCAUAUUUCGAUUUGUCAAAUUGUCUUUGAGCUACGGGGGCUUUUUAAAAAGUCUACAUUCUGAACUGUCACUAAAAAAAUCUAAAUUGCCAUGCAUUCCGUCAACAUUGUUUGACAGAUAACUACGACAUAUUUAUUGUCCAAGCGUUAUCACGAAGGAAAGUAAUAUGUUAAAAUAUUUUAUACAAUUAAAGAUUUCCAGAAUGCCGUCGGCCAAAAAUAAUUUGAUAGCUUGCAGGUCUUACACUUCUUAUCAUAAAUUAAUGAAACUACCAUAAGUGUCCAUAAAAUCCAGAUUAGCCUGAAAUCAUGUCAAUCUUGAUCUUGAUAAAUAAAAAAAAAAUACUUAUAGCGUUCCAUAAGAUGGUGGAUAAAAUUCAGUUGGACAGCUGAAUUUUACUCUAGAAAGAUCACAAAACAGCAAUUUACACUAAAAAAAAUUAUAAAGAACAAAAUCAGACUUUUCCAUUGCUCAAAAGCGGGUUUACAUAUAAAUAUAAAAAAAAAUGUCUUUAGACUCGAGCCACGCAAGCGGAGGUCAGAUUUCCUCCGCCUCCCUUAGGAGUACCUCAAAAGCACCGAAUUUUGGACACGCAACUAACUAUCGUCGGCGAAGGUACAAAUCGUUCUUAAGCGGGAACUAAUUUUGUACAACCAACCGUAACUUAACCGUAUUUUAGCAAUUUCCAAAAACGAGUGUUGUAAAUAUAUAUAGGCUAUUCUAUUUCUUUCUAGGGAGGUAUAGAAAAUAUUCAUGGCAACGAUAUGUAUAAUUUAAAAUUUUGUUGUAUACCGUUAAAUUUCUUAAGCUCCACUUAUAAUCAAUUCGCUGACCAUGUGGAACUUUAGCAUAGGAGCUUCACGAUUCGCUCAAAAAGAGAAAAGAAGAAAAGUCAAUGCUGUCAAGCGUGUUUAAUGUUUUUUUUUAGUAGUUUAUUACCAAGUUAACAUUGUUGUUAGUAUACAAGACAAUUGGACUUUGAUUUACAGUCGUCACGAAAUUCAUUGUAAAUGUCACUGCCGAAAAGUAUUUGCUUAGCUUGCGUGCCGCAGCUGCACUCCGCCAGCGAAUUCAUUAUAAAUGCAGUUUUAUAAUAAAAUUACUUAUAACGAUGGUGUUGUUUAUUGAGGCGAACAACUAUCCGUUACUGACUGCCGUUUUCUCAUAAACAUUGCCGGAAAUUGUCGCAAAAAAAAUUACACCUUGUCCAGAUUUUGGCCUAAAACUAAACAUACUACAUCGAAACCAAACGCGCAUAACCACCACCAUCGUCGUAAAAGCCUAUAUAAAAUACCUAAAUAAAUCAAAAGCAAUAUGACUGCUAAGAUGCAGCGCCAUUAUUUGGUUAAUAAAAGUUAAUGAAAACUGGGACAAUAUGAAAGAAUAUUUUUUUAUGUAAUAAAAACGGCAACCCGCAAAUAAUAUUAUAUAGGGUGUUGAGAAAUAAGAAGUUAAUUCUUAAGGUCGUAAAUUUGUGAUUGUGAUUAAAAGAAGAAGAAUUCUUAUUAAACUUUUAAGAUACAGUGUGCAGAAAACAAAGUUUUCUAUCAUAAUUUUAAUAACAGUAGCCAUUUUUGAUGUAGCUUUUUGAUUUUUGUGACCACCGGAGUUCGUAAAAAAUAUAAAUAUUUUUGGAACAACAUCAAAAUGAAUUACAUUACAUUACAUUUCAAUUCUGCGCACAUUGUAGCUGAUACAUAGGGCGUGUAUCAAAUUUCAUAAAAAUAUCUAGGAAGAAAAUUUGAACAGCCUGUACUCUAAAAGUUAUAUGAAUUUCGAUUUUAAUUGGCUUUUAGACAACAAAUUUGAGAGUAUAAUACCUAUAGCAUUGAACAAUCUUCCAAUUUGAAUGGCAUAGCAAAAACUAAUAAAAAAUAUUGUCCUGAUUUUUCAUGGAGUAACUAUAAUACUUACUAGUGUAAAAAUGAAAACAUUGAAAUUAUAGGCGUGGUUUUUGAAUGCAUCGAGUGCUGUUCUGACUGUGUACUGCACCACUUUCUUGACACAACUCUUUCCUUAUACAAUUUUUGAGUGUAAAAAAGUCCAACAUUUUAAUUUAUUAUAAGCGCAUGUAAACAAUAACGCAAUGUUUUUAUGGUCAUACAAAAGACAAUGUGAAUAGAUCCCCGUUUUCGGCACAUUUCACGUUACUUUUAUUAACAUAUAGAGAGUCUUCAUAUUUUUUUAUUGUGAAUAAAGUUCAACAAAUUUCUCUGA